AUGGAUUUGCCUUCAUGGGCUAGUUUUUGUAAGAUAAAAGUUGUAUAUAAGAAUAUACAAUCCUUGGUAUCAUAUAUAUCUAUAAAGGAUUUUGAAGUUUCCGAACUCAUUCAGUUUAUAUCAGAUGAAAUUAACAUCAAAGGUCAAUUUCAGCUCUUUUUGCGAACACCGAAUACAAUUUUGAAUAUCGAAAGUGGGCAUAUCACUGAUUUACUUGAACACAUUGCAAUAAUUCCAUCUGGUUCAUUCGAAUUACAGAAAAUCGAAACAUUUUUAGAACUCAGAGACACAAUUUUAUAUCCAAUUAAUACAUUUACUAUUCCAAUUUGCACAUUUCAAGGUGAAUUUGUUAUGGACUAUACCGUUAAUUUACAUACUCCAAUUAGAAUCAUAGAUAUUUGCUAUUCACUUUCAAAUAUGUUCGAUGUAGAUAGUGAUCAAUUCAUUCCUUCUACAUAUACAGGUGAAAAGAUCAUAGAAACAAUGCCGAUUAAUUUAAUUUUGCAAAACAAAGUUUAUAUUGCUGCAAAUCUAGAGAAAAAUCAUCUAAAAUCAGCAAGAAAACGUGCAAAUGUCGUUACAGAAAUACUUAAAAACGAAGAACUUUACUUGAAAUCAUUAAACUUGAUAAUGCAGUAUAUAAUACCAUUUAUCAAUAAAUAUUCGAUACUUAACACCAGAGUUGAAACAAUCUUUGAGUCAUUCUACAUGACAGCAAUGAUUAUUCAUCAAGAUUCAUUAAAAGCUUUCCAAGAAAAUGGAACUUCUUUCUUUUCUACGUAUGGAACAGCUCUUCUAAAGUUAGCAAUGGAUCUCAACUCAUAUAAUGAUUACGUUUCUAUAUUUCCUUCAUUAAAAGAUGCAAUUGUUACUCAAAGAGAAAAGAAUCCACAAUUUGCUGCUGAAUAUGCUAAAAUUGAAGCAAUCCCUGAACUCAAUGGCUUAGAAAUUAUAUCAUUAUUGGUCAGACCUGUUCAAAGAGCUCCAAAUUACAGAUCUCAUAUUCUAAGACUGAUUGAAGCAACUCCUCCAGGUCAUCCAGACUACUCAGCGCUAUUCAUUGCUCUAGAGAAGAUGAAUGAUACACGAAGACAGCAAGAUAAAUGUGAACAAGAAGAAAAUUCAGAAUUUAAUUUGCAAAAAGAGCUUCCUGGAUACAAACUCCCUGAUAACGAGUUCUAUGUAGACUCUUACAAGGUCACAUCUGCUGUUGGUGCUAACAAAAUCUUUGUUUUGUCAAGUAAUUGGUUCAGAAUUUUAAGUCCGAGUUACGCUGACAUCUACAAAUUCGAAUACAUAGACACAAAUGUCAGACGCGUUGGAUCAUCAGUGUUUAUUUCUCAUCCAACAAUAAAGAAACCAAUAAAAUACAUUUUCGAACAAGAAAAGUUCGCAAAAGAGUUUGAUGACGUUAUGCAAGAAACUUCUCAAUGGAAUGGUCGUAUGAACUCUGCUCAUGAGCCAGGUUUGAAAUGGAAAAAGCUUUCAAUUGCUCCAAUGAAAAUUCAGAGGGCUUCGGCGGUUUUUCUCAAUGAAAAAUUUUACGUCAUCGGAGGUCGUGAUGAAUGUGGUAUUGUCUCGAAUAAAAUGAUGAUUUUUGAUGGACAAUCAUGGGCGGUUGAGGAACUUCCCUUCCCUGCACGUCACGAUUUAGUAUCGUAUUCCGAAGGACAAGCAUUGUACAUGUACGGUGGUGAAGGACCGUCUGGACAAUUAUCCGACUUCUGGGUCUAUCAAGAAGGAGAAUGGAAAGAAUUACCUGGAAUUCCGGAACUUUGCGGUUCUGGCUUAGCCAUGUGCGGGUGGCAUGGAACAGGCUUGAUUCUUAGUGGUGGAAGUCCAUUCAAGACUUACUACUUUGACUUUGAGAAGCAAGAAUGGUCACGAAUUUGCGAAAAAUCUCCAAUCCCUGACUUAAAGUUCCAUUCUAUGCACGAGCUUAACAGAAGAGUAUAUAUCGUAGGUGGAAAUGACAAUUCAACUACCUACGUUAUGACUUCUUUAGCCCUUGGCUGGAUAGAAUUUAAUAUUCUUGGAAUCGAACCAACACCGAGAAUUGGACAUAGCUUAUUUGUUGCUAAAGAGCACAUCUGGCUCUUUGGCGGUGCAGGAAGCUCUAUUCCUUUCUGUUUGGCACCAGUUGGACAGUGGUUUGUGUUUAAGAAUGAAUAUCAGUUCCCCAAAUCGAUAUCAUUUGCAUCAGUAGCUAUAUCUGAUAAUAAUAUAUACGUAUUUGGAGGAAGAACUGAUGAUGGAAUCUCAGAUCAGUUGUAUACACUCGAAUUUUUGAGAACUAAUGUAAUUGACAGUGAUUACCUGCAAUCUGUUUGUAAUUAG